UCUUAAGGGCUAAUGGCGGAUGCCGGAUGCCUGUCGUUGGCGGUGGCUUAGGCCUUGAAGGAACGCUGCAUCCGUUGGAUAUCUACACCAUCUUCCCGGCUGCAGGCUUGCUUUGACGCGGUGUAAUCAACACUUGGAUUGUGGAGUGGUGGGUGGCUCAUUGGUGUUGUCACCAUGUUCCUGUACAACUUGACCUUACAGCGAGCCACUGGUAUCAGCUUUGCCAUUCAUGGCAACUUCUCAGGAACCAAACAACAGGAAAUUGUUGUUUCUCGUGGGAAGAUCUUGGAGCUGCUUCGCCCGGAUCCCAACACUGGCAAAGUACACACCCUACUAACUGUGGAAGUAUUUGGUGUUAUUCGGUCACUCAUGGCCUUUAGGCUGACAGGUGGCACCAAAGACUACAUUGUGGUUGGUAGUGAUUCAGGUCGGAUUGUUAUCCUGGAAUACCAGCCGUCUAAGAAUAUGUUUGAGAAAAUUCACCAAGAAACCUUUGGCAAGAGUGGAUGCCGCCGUAUUGUUCCUGGCCAGUUCUUAGCUGUGGACCCCAAAGGGCGAGCUGUUAUGAUUAGUGCCAUUGAAAAACAGAAAUUGGUGUAUAUCUUAAACAGAGAUGCUGCAGCCCGGCUUACCAUCUCAUCUCCACUGGAGGCCCACAAAGCGAACACUUUAGUAUAUCAUGUGGUUGGAGUAGAUGUAGGAUUUGAAAAUCCAAUGUUUGCUUGUCUGGAAAUGGAUUAUGAGGAAGCAGACAAUGAUCCAACAGGGGAAGCUGCAGCAAAUACCCAACAGACGCUUACUUUCUAUGAAUUAGACCUUGGUUUAAAUCAUGUGGUUCGAAAAUACAGUGAGCCUUUGGAGGAACAUGGCAACUUUCUUAUUACAGUUCCAGGAGGGUCAGAUGGUCCAAGUGGAGUGCUAAUCUGCUCUGAAAACUAUAUCACCUAUAAGAACUUUGGUGACCAACCAGAUAUCCGCUGUCCAAUUCCCAGGAGAAGGAAUGACCUGGAUGACCCUGAAAGAGGAAUGAUUUUUGUCUGCUCUGCCACCCAUAAGACCAAAUCAAUGUUCUUCUUUUUGGCCCAAACUGAGCAGGGCGAUAUCUUCAAGAUCACUUUGGAGACUGAUGAAGAUAUGGUUACUGAGAUCCGGCUCAAGUAUUUUGAUACGGUGCCUGUUGCUGCUGCCAUGUGUGUGCUUAAAACAGGCUUCCUUUUUGUAGCAUCAGAAUUUGGAAACCAUUACUUAUAUCAAAUUGCACAUCUUGGAGAUGAUGAUGAAGAACCUGAGUUUUCAUCUGCCAUGCCUCUGGAAGAAGGAGACACAUUCUUCUUUCAGCCAAGACCUCUCAAAAACCUUGUGCUAGUCGAUGAGUUGGACAGCCUCUCUCCCAUUUUGUUUUGCCAGAUAGCUGAUUUGGCAAAUGAAGACACUCCACAACUGUAUGUGGCCUGUGGUCGGGGACCCCGAUCAUCUCUGAGAGUCUUGAGGCAUGGACUUGAGGUGUCGGAAAUGGCUGUCUCUGAACUACCCGGUAACCCCAAUGCUGUCUGGACAGUGCGCCGGCACAUUGAAGAUGAAUUUGAUGCCUACAUCAUUGUGUCUUUUGUGAAUGCCACACUUGUGUUGUCUAUCGGAGAGACUGUGGAAGAAGUGACUGACUCUGGGUUCCUGGGCACCACCCCGACCUUGUCCUGCUCCUUGUUAGGAGAUGAUGCCUUGGUGCAGGUGUAUCCUGAUGGCAUUCGGCACAUACGAGCAGACAAGAGAGUCAAUGAGUGGAAGACCCCUGGAAAGAAAACAAUUGUGAAAUGUGCGGUGAACCAGCGACAAGUGGUGAUUGCCCUGACAGGAGGAGAGCUGGUCUAUUUUGAAAUGGAUCCCUCAGGACAGCUGAACGAGUACACAGAGAGGAAGGAGAUGUCAGCAGAUGUGGUGUGCAUGAGUCUGGCCAAUGUACCUCCUGGAGAGCAGCGGUCUCGCUUCCUGGCUGUGGGACUGGUAGACAACACUGUCAGAAUCAUUUCCCUGGACCCCUCUGACUGUUUGCAACCUCUUAGCAUGCAGGCUCUCCCAGCCCAGCCUGAAUCCUUGUGUAUUGUGGAAAUGGGUGGGACUGAGAAGCAGGAUGAGCUGGGUGAGAGAGGCUCUAUUGGCUUCCUAUACCUGAAUAUUGGGCUACAGAAUGGUGUGCUGUUGCGAACUGUUCUGGACCCUGUCACUGGGGAUCUAUCUGACACCCGCACUAGGUACCUGGGGUCCCGUCCUGUGAAACUCUUUCGUGUUCGGAUGCAAGGCCAGGAGGCAGUGUUGGCCAUGUCAAGCCGCUCAUGGUUGAGCUAUUCUUACCAAUCUCGCUUCCAUCUCACACCCCUGUCUUAUGAGACCCUGGAAUUUGCAUCUGGCUUUGCCUCUGAACAGUGUCCUGAGGGCAUUGUGGCCAUCUCCACCAAUACCCUGAGGAUUUUGGCAUUGGAGAAGCUAGGUGCUGUCUUUAAUCAAGUAGCCUUUCCACUGCAGUACACACCCAGGAAAUUUGUCAUUCACCCUGAAAGUAACAACCUUAUCAUCAUUGAGACUGAUCACAAUGCCUACACUGAGGCUACAAAAGCUCAGAGGAAGCAGCAGAUGGCAGAGGAAAUGGUGGAAGCAGCAGGGGAGGAUGAGCGGGAGCUAGCUGCAGAGAUGGCAGCAGCAUUCCUCAAUGAAAACCUCCCUGAGUCCAUUUUUGGAGCUCCCAAGGCUGGAAAUGGACAGUGGGCCUCUGUGAUCCGAGUGAUGAAUCCUAUUCAGGGUAACACACUGGACCUUGUCCAGCUGGAACAGAAUGAGGCUGCUUUUAGUGUGGCUGUGUGCAGAUUCUCCAACACUGGUGACGACUGGUAUGUGCUGGUGGGCGUGGCCAAAGACCUGAUACUGAACCCCCGAUCUGUAGCAGGGGGCUUUGUCUAUACCUACAAGCUUGUGAACAGUGGGGAAAAACUGGAGUUUUUGCACAAGACUCCAGUAGAAGAGGUCCCUGCUGCCAUUGCCCCAUUCCAGGGUAGAGUGUUGAUUGGUGUGGGGAAGCUUCUGCGAGUCUAUGACCUGGGAAAGAAGAAAUUACUCCGAAAAUGUGAGAACAAGCAUAUCGCCAAUUACAUCUCUGGGAUUCAGACAAUUGGGCAUAGAGUAAUUGUGUCUGAUGUCCAAGAAAGUUUCAUCUGGGUUCGCUACAAGCGUAAUGAGAACCAGCUCAUCAUCUUUGCUGAUGACACCUACCCCCGGUGGGUCACCACAGCUAGCCUUCUCGAUUAUGACACUGUGGCAGGCGCAGACAAGUUUGGCAACAUUUGUGUGGUGAGGCUCCCACCUAACACCAAUGACGAAGUGGACGAGGAUCCCACAGGAAACAAAGCCCUGUGGGAUCGGGGCUUGCUCAAUGGGGCCUCUCAGAAGGCAGAGGUGAUCAUGAACUAUCACGUGGGGGAGACAGUGCUGUCAUUACAGAAGACCACGCUGAUCCCUGGAGGCUCAGAAUCUCUUGUCUAUACCACCUUGUCAGGAGGAAUUGGCAUCCUUGUUCCAUUUACAUCUCAUGAGGACCAUGACUUCUUCCAACAUGUGGAAAUGCACCUACGGUCUGAGCAUCCCCCUCUUUGUGGGCGAGACCAUCUCAGCUUUCGUUCUUACUAUUUCCCUGUUAAGAAUGUGAUUGAUGGAGACCUCUGUGAGCAGUUCAACUCUAUGGAGCCCAACAAACAAAAGAAUGUCUCUGAAGAACUGGACCGAACCCCACCUGAGGUGUCCAAGAAGCUUGAGGACAUCCGGACCCGCUAUGCCUUCUGAGCCUUUUUUUCCUAUGGGGCUUGUCAAAGACUUUGUGUAUUGUUUUCCCAACUACCUGUCUCUGAAUCCAUAUGGCAGAAGAAAAGUGGUUGGGUAAUAAGACUUCCCAUAGAGUGACUGGUUUUCCCUAAAAUUGACACUGAGAUUUACUAUGCUUCUACCUGCCUGGUAUAUAAUAUAUUGCCCCAGGUCUAGUGUGGAAUACAAUGGCCACUAGUCCCCAAAGCCUUCCCUGCAUUGAUAUUUCUGGCUUUUGUGUCUACUUUU